AUACUUUUAUCAGUUGUAAGGUGUGCUCUCACUUUGAACAUUAUAAAUCGCCUUGCAUGGCAACCUUCCCUCAUUCUUACUCGGGUGUAUUCUACAGGGUGCAGCGUUAACUCAGUUUUAUACUUGUUUAAAGGGUAACAUUAGUUAAUGUUAUCUGUAUUUUUGCGAAAAAAAUAAAUCGUUUAAAAGCUGCAUAGAAAUGAAUACAAUGUAUGAAAAAAUAGGACUGUGUGUCUCUGGAUUAGCUUUAAUCUUGAAUAUAGUGGGUGUCGCCAUCCCUUACUGGUUCUAUUACGGAAGUAUACAGGGUGUACCAGAGACAGGUAUCAACUUUGGACUGUGGAAAAUCUGUGCAUCCAUGCCUGAGAGCAUCCACGGCCCUGUGAUUUCGAUGUGCAAGUCAUUUGAUGAUAUAGAAGAUUUUUCACUACCAUCUGAAUUCAAAGCUACACGUGCUCUUGAGAUUUUAGCCAUCCUUGCAACAGUAGCGGCUGCAGUUGUCGUCUGCUUGAAGAUGUUCGUUAGGAAGGACGACAACCGUCUGCUGUAUGCUGCUUCGCCCAUUCCUUUUAUUGCAGGUUUGCUUAUGAUAAUCGGCGCAGUCGUCUUCGUGGCUGAUAACAAAGCGAAAUAAUUAUUCGAUUCAGGAAACAACAUAGAUAUGAAACCCCAUGCUGCAUUUGGCCUCUGUAUUGCAUCAGGGAUCCUAAGUUUUGCUGCUGCAGUGUUAUACUUUCUCGCCGCCAGGACGAUUUCAGGUCUUCGGUAAAGCUGGAACUUUCUUAUCUGGAAGUGUAACUGACAAACUCUCCGUUAGAACAAGGAAUGAUUUAUUUUAUCAGUAGGAUACUAAUAUAAGAAGCGACAGGCUCACCAUAAAUACUGGAAACUAUUAAAUUACAAAAAUGAUAUUCUGAUCAUUGCAUGAUUAGACUAUGGUAAAGUAAUUGAAUACAUGUGUAUGUAUAAUUUAUUUCUACAUACUGCUUAACAACUGACAACAAUGUAAGUAAUUAUUUAUUUUUUAGUAUAUUAUUAUAAGUAUGUUUGGACAUUAUAUACAGAUCUUAGUGAUUUCAAGAUUAAUUGUCUUAAUAAAUUAUGAUAUAUAUGUUUCAAGUUUGGCUCUGGUUUGUAGUAUAGUGUAUAUACUUUCAGUCUUGUACCUCAUAUAAUUGCAUUGGUAUGGUUGCUAUGGUAACUGAAUUUGACUAUUAAAACCUACCACCUACUUUAAGUGAUAAAAAUGAUAAAAAUAAUGAUAUAAGUGAAUUCUAAAGUUAUCCUGUUCAUUUUGAAGUUGUUAUCCUAGUAUGUAUCACAUUUUCAUUGUUGCUAUGGUAACACAAUUAUGUUGAGAAUUUUAGACUGGAGAUUUGUUCAUUCUUUAGUGACAAACCAUUGCAGGUAUGAAAUAAACCUGUUGAAAUCAAGUUAUUAAGAUAAUAUUUUUUUGUGUUUUGACUUUUAUUUCUCUAGUAAUAUUAGUUGUACACAAAACAUCACUAACCGAUAUGCACAUGGAAACAAACAUCAUAUGUACUUAAAACAGAAGUUACUUCCAAUGUUAACUGCCAAUACGAGAAAAUGUAUACUUUAUUAUUUCUCAUGUAAUAACAGGUAGAAAUAUCACAAUGUCUACAAUUUAUGCUGAUAGCAUAAAGAAAAACACUUUAAGCUUAUAUUUUUAUAAUUUUAACUUGGUUACCAUGGCAACCAUUAUGUUAACAUAUAUUUGCUUGUUCUUGUUAUUGAGAGGUUACCUUCCCAUACCACUUUGUCAUAAUAUGUAAAUGACUAGCAUACAAGUACAAGGUGAAUAAAAUGUAUUGUUUCAUUAUAGUAAUUGGUUUGUUUUAAUACUUGCAAGAUAACAGAAAAGCUGGAAAAAAGGUGGUAUUGAAAAAAUUACCAUAUUUCCUUAAAUAUCACUGAAACAGCUCUAUUAUUUUUCUUGCAUAACAAGGAGAUAUUGAUUACUAAAAAAAAACCAUCAAAAACUAAAUUUCGACAAAAAUCUUCAAUAAGCCCCUUUUUUCCCAUUGUCGCAUAUGUUAGAUAGUUAGUGUGUUAGAAUGCAUGCACUACGAUAGUCUCUUAUAACUCCAGCUUAGGACUGACAAUGUACUUCUCUUGAAUUGUUUGACUUUGUAUGACUUUGUACCUUAAUGUGACUAAAUAAAGAUGAAUACGC